AUGGUAAAUUAUUAUUUAUCGGAAUACAAGAAGGGUAAUCUUACAAUUUGGUUCUUUAUAUCUGAGAGGACAAAGAUUAAAAAAAGACGGCGAGAAACAAAAACGUUUACGAAGAAGAUUAAAGUUAAAAAUGGUGUAGUUGGCUACAAAACCACACUAAAUUACUUCGUUGGCAAACAACCAAACCGAGCAAGAACGAACUGGUUAAUGCAAGAAUGCUGGCUUGAGUCUUCUGGCCAUAACAAGACCAUUUAUCUGAGUCCAACGGCAAAAAAGAACAUGAAAGAAGAAGAUGUUGAAGAAUUAGAAGAGGAGGCUGUGCAGCCACGUACUGUUGAGAAUCAGCAACCGCAACGGCAACCGCAGUUUUAUCCAACCCCAACCCCGUUGCUUCAUGAUAUUGCGUAUCAUGAACCGCAACCUCCUGAUACAGUUCAGGAUCAGCUCCCACAGUUUUGGGCAGCCCCUUUGGAUUCAUAUCCACCGCGUUGUCAUGAUAUUCAGUACUCACAACCGCGGCCUCUUGAUGCUAUUGAGUAUCAAUACCUGUAUCAAUCAGGUCCAUUAACAACAUAUGAAAACGUGAUUGAGUCUUGUACUCAAGACAAGUCAAAUGGUGAUAUCAAAAAGAUUGACAUGGCGUCUUCAAAAGGGGAAGACCAGCAAAGAUCAAUGUUUAAGGAAUGCUUAAAUCGUGAAGCAUGCGUUACCUAG